CAGCGCAUCUUCUAACAGCAAUGGCCGCCUCUAGCCUCAAUGUGGUUCGAGUGAGGCUGUAUUUUGAUUAUCCUUCCCCCGCCGUAUCCACCUGUCGUAUGUGUUGGUUGCUUAUUGAUCUUAACAAAUGUAGGGUUGUUGCAGAUUUGAUCAGCGUUAUUAGGGAAAAGUUUGACUACAGUCGCAAGACUGGCUUAGACCUGUUCAUUGAAGAUUGCUACCUCCCACCUUUAGAGAGCAUCUACGUCGUGCGGGAUAAUGACAGUAUCAGGGUGAAAGCUGAGAGUCGAUCACACGUGACGGCUACAGAGUCAGAAACAUCCAAAUCGAGUAAAGGCAAGAAAAGAGGGAGGGAUCCCGAAGAACAGGAGGUGAAUGAUGACCAGACUAGCGCUUUGAAAAAGAGAAAGGAAACAGAGGAAAGUCAGGGAGCUCAGCUGGCUGUGACUGAGAAUGGCAAGAAAAAGAAGAAAAGUAAAAAAAAGAAGAGGAAAGAGGAGCAGGCAGAAACGGUCAAACUGACCCCUGCUGCCCCAGUGGCUAAACCUCAGCCAGUCAAAUCCACUAAAAAACAACAGCCUUCCGCUCCUGCUCUUAAUGGUAAACCCGCUGCCAGGAAACCACAGGAAUCUUCCUCCGACUCCAGUGAUAGCAGUGAUGAAGAGCCACCAAAAAGACCCGCUCAGCAUCCUAAACCUCAGGGCAAAGUAAGCAGCGGGGCAACUCCUGUCAGUAAGUCUGGCUCAAAUGCAGUGACCAAACGAAAGGACAGCUCGUCAUCGUCAGACUCAAACUCCAGCUCGGAGUUGCAGCCCCCUAAAAAGCCAACUCCUGCUAAAUCCCUUCCCGCUAAGCCCAAACCUAGUCCUGCAAAUGCCGCCGUGAACACAAAGACCAAACCCCCACCUAAAAAGCAGGCUCAGAACUCUUCCUCCGAUUCUGAUUCCUCCAGCAGUGCUGAGAGGCCUCCUCCCAAGCGGACCCCUGUCCGGAUACCCCCACCUGCUCCCUCUUCCAACCCCAAAGCUUCAGCUUCUGCUUCUGCUGCUGCUGCUGCAGGAGGCAGCUUGAAGAAGCCUCCGGCUAAAAAAGCUGAGACCUCGUCAUACUCUGAUUCCUCCUCUAGUUCAGAGAGGCCUCCUGUCAGAAAACCCUCUGCCCCAUGCACUCCAAAAACCCCGUUAUCUGCCCCAGCUGCCUCAGGUGCCCUGGCGGCAAAGCCAGCAUCCGCACCGGCGGCCAAAUCACACCUGAGGGCCUCCGACUCGGACAGCAGCGAAGAGGAGAUUGAGCUGGUCAUUAGGAAGCCGGUGCUGAACGGCAUGGGCCUGCAUGUAGCAGGGGUGGUGUCCUCCAGUCCUCUAGUAGGGGCAGGCAGGGGCCGGACGGACGCCAGGAGCCCAGGAAGAGGCGCGGGGCGCGGGGAGGGAAGGUUCGCCGCACGGAGGGGGUCCUCCAGCCGGGGUGGAGGAAGAGGCAGCGGACGAGGGAAUGGAACGCCAUGGAGCAAAGGCUUCCGGUACGACAACAGCGACGACGACCGCACAAGAGACAGAAGGUUUAAUGAUUCGCUGACCAACACUAGUUUGAUCCUGCAGAAUCCGCCUGAACCGGUUCCUCCACGGGACUAUAAUGUGCUCCCACUAUUGGCUGCACCCCCACCUGUCGGGCAGAAGAUCGUCUUUAAGCUUCUGGAGCUGACUGAGAAUUACACUCCUGAGGUGUCAGAUUACAAGGAAGGAAAGAUUACUGGAUUCAAUGUCCUCACCAACAUGGUAGAGCUGCAACUACUGUCCAGGCCUAAAGUUCCUACAGAGCCGGGUAAGUUUGACCUGGUGUAUGAGAACGCUGACGGUUCUGAGGUGGUGGAGUAUGCCGUAACCCAAGGAUCCCAGCUGACCGAGCGGUGGGACUCCCUGUUGGAACCUCGGCUCGUUGUGGAGAACGUGGGAUCGUAGGAACGCCAGAACGUGUGGAUGAGUCUUCAUGAUGGUGCAGUAAAGCUGAAGAACACAGCAGCUGAAGAUCUAAGGGAACACGUCAACCUCUGCUUUUAAUGUAUAAUGUUUAGACCUGCCUCUGUUUGACUGUAGCAGAUGUAAAAUAGAAAUGACUUCCUGAUAAAGGAUAUGAUUUUAAUUUUUUCUAUGAGUAGCCUAUGCCAACUGUGAAGACUGAAUAAAUGAAUAUUCUUUGUAAAGAA